GGAGGAGGGAAGAACCAAGAAAGAAGCAAAAGCAGAGCCUGUAUCCCAGUUAACCUGCUGGAGCUCAUGCUGCUUGGUCUGAGCCCUGCACCAACUCACCCACUUCCCUCUCUCCUUGGGUGUCUUCUUCCCCGCUUCCUCUCCUUUCCUCACUGCACCCUGCACCCUCUACCCACUCCCCCACCCACCACUUCUGCAUCUGACCAGAGGACGAAUGAGGGAGACGUUCCAGCAAAUCAAGGUAGCAACUUUCCUCAGCUGGUUUCUGGGCUCCAGGAGCGGGAUCCUGCUGAUUCUUGGAGGUCUGCGGUCCAUGAAGGAGGAGAGCGAGCAGUGAUGGGCUAAGGACCGGUGCACUAAGCCCCAAGCAGCUCAGUCUCACAAACCCACUCCUACCCGUCCCCACGCGGGUUCCCUGUAUCUCGCUCUCCUGAGAGCAAAGAGCGCGCGGCGUGCAGCCUGGGAGCAUCCAAGGAGGAUGAGGCUGGGACCCAGCCCAAGUUGGGUGUAUUUCGCGGGCGUGAGGCCACGACUGUGUCUCGUCAUGAAUUAAGAAGCUUGGAAGAUGGAGCGCGGCACAGUUCUCAUAAAGCCCGGGCUCUGGACCAGGGACACCAGCUGGACACUCCUCUAUUUCCUGUGCUACAUCCUCCCGCAGACCGCCCCGCAAGUGCUCAGGAUCGGAGGGAUUUUUGAAACUGUGGAAAAUGAACCCGUUAAUGUUGAAGAAUUAGCUUUCAAGUUUGCAGUCACCAGUAUUAACCGAAACCGAACCUUGAUGCCUAACACCACAUUAACCUAUGACAUCCAGAGAAUUAAUCUUUUUGAUAGUUUUGAAGCCUCCCGGAGAGCUUGCGACCAGCUGGCUCUUGGUGUGGCCGCCCUCUUUGGCCCUUCCCACAGCUCGUCUGUGAGUGCUGUGCAGUCCAUUUGCAAUGCUCUGGAAGUUCCACACAUUCAGACUCGCUGGAAACACCCUUCUGUGGACAACAGAGACUUGUUUUAUAUUAACCUCUACCCAGAUUAUGCAGCUAUCAGCAGGGCAGUCCUGGACCUGGUCCUCUAUUACAACUGGAAAACAGUGACUGUGGUGUAUGAAGACAGCACAGGUCUAAUUCGCCUGCAAGAGCUCAUCAAAGCUCCCUCCAGAUACAACAUUAAAAUCAAAAUCCGCCAGCUGCCCUCUGGGAAUAAAGAUGCCAAACCUCUGCUCAAGGAGAUGAAGAAAGGCAAAGAGUUUUAUGUGAUAUUUGAUUGUUCACACGAGACGGCUGCUGAAAUCCUUAAGCAGAUUUUGUUCAUGGGGAUGAUGACUGAAUACUACCACUACUUCUUCACGACCCUGGACUUGUUUGCUUUAGACCUGGAACUUUACAGGUACAGUGGUGUAAAUAUGACUGGGUUUCGGUUGCUGAAUAUUGACAACCCUCACGUGUCAUCCGUCAUUGAGAAGUGGUCCAUGGAAAGGUUGCAGGCCCCACCCAGACCCGAGACUGGCCUUCUGGAUGGCAUGAUGACAACUGAAGCAGCUCUGAUGUACGACGCUGUGUACAUGGUAGCUAUUGCUUCACAUCGUGCCUCACAGCUGACUGUCAGCUCCCUACAGUGCCAUCGACACAAGCCAUGGCGCCUUGGACCCCGAUUUAUGAACCUGAUCAAAGAGGCUCGGUGGGACGGUUUGACUGGGCGUAUCACCUUCAAUAAGACCGAUGGCUUGAGGAAGGAUUUUGACCUGGACAUUAUCAGUCUCAAAGAGGAAGGAACUGAAAAGGCUGCUGGUGAAGUGCCUAUGCACUUGUAUAAAGUGUGGAAGAAGAUUGGAAUUUGGAACUCCUACAGUGGGCUGAACAUGACGGAUGGCAACAAAGACAGGUCCAACAACAUCACUGAUUCUCUGGCCAACCGGACACUCAUUGUCACCACCAUUCUGGAAGAGCCCUAUGUGAUGUACAGGAAAUCCGAUAAGCCCCUCUAUGGAAACGACAGAUUUGAAGGAUAUUGCCUGGAUCUACUAAAAGAAUUGUCAAAUAUCCUGGGUUUCCUUUAUGAUGUUAAACUAGUUCCCGACGGCAAAUAUGGAGCCCAAAAUGACAAAGGAGAGUGGAAUGGGAUGGUUAAAGAACUCAUCGAUCACAGAGCUGAUCUCGCAGUGGCCCCUCUCACCAUCACUUAUGUAAGGGAGAAAGUCAUAGACUUCUCCAAGCCCUUCAUGACCUUGGGCAUUAGCAUCCUUUACCGGAAGCCCAAUGGAACCAACCCGGGCGUCUUCUCCUUCCUCAACCCCCUGUCUCCGGACAUUUGGAUGUAUGUGCUGCUGGCCUGCUUAGGAGUCAGUUGUGUGCUCUUUGUGAUUGCCAGGUUUACACCCUACGAAUGGUAUAAUCCCCACCCGUGCAACCCCGACUCAGACGUGGUGGAAAACAAUUUCACUUUGCUAAAUAGUUUCUGGUUUGGAGUUGGAGCUCUCAUGCAGCAAGGAUCAGAGCUGAUGCCCAAAGCUCUAUCGACCAGAAUAGUUGGAGGAAUAUGGUGGUUUUUCACCCUAAUCAUCAUUUCAUCCUACACUGCCAACCUGGCUGCCUUCUUGACAGUAGAGAGGAUGGAAUCUCCCAUCGAUUCCGCUGACGAUCUGGCGAAACAAACGAAGAUAGAAUACGGAGCAGUCAGAGACGGCUCAACAAUGACCUUCUUCAAGAAAUCAAAGAUCUCCACCUAUGAGAAAAUGUGGGCGUUUAUGAGCAGCAGGCAGCAGAGCGCACUGGUUAAAAACAGCGAUGAGGGGAUCCAGAGAGUGCUGACCACCGACUACGCCCUGCUGAUGGAGUCCACCAGCAUUGAGUACGUGACACAGAGGAACUGCAACCUCACCCAGAUCGGGGGCCUUAUAGACUCCAAAGGUUACGGAGUGGGAACUCCUAUAGGCUCUCCUUACCGGGAUAAGAUCACAAUUGCCAUUCUUCAACUACAAGAAGAAGGGAAGCUGCACAUGAUGAAAGAGAAAUGGUGGCGAGGAAACGGCUGCCCUGAAGAAGAGAGUAAGGAAGCCAGUGCUCUGGGAGUGGAAAAUAUUGGGGGCAUCUUCAUUGUUCUGGCUGCAGGACUUGUCCUUUCUGUGUUUGUGGCCAUUGGAGAAUUUAUAUACAAAUCACGGAAGAACAAUGACUCUGAGCAGUGUCUCUCUUUCAAUGCCAUCAUGGAAGAGCUGGGAAUCUCACUCAAGAAUCAGAAAAAAUUAAAGAAAAAGUCAAGAACUAAGGGCAAAUCUUCCUUCACAAGUAUCCUUACUUGCCAUCAGAGACGGACUCAGAGAAAAGAGACUGUGGCAUGAUCCCAGAGCAUACCUGGAGGCACCGUCCCAGGAGAAGAAGGCCAUUCCCACUACACAUAUGUGGAGGAAGGAUUUUUGACAAGAAAGAGACGUGUUUUCACAUACCUUUAUCCGUAACUCCAAUCAUGGAUAGAGGUAGAAGAAAUGCACAAUUUUUAAGCUCACAUAGAUAUUAUUCAGAAGUGAAACAUUCUUUUCAGAUGAAUUUGUAUGCACACUUAUUUUGCAUUUUCUCUUUUCCCCCAAUAUAUUGCUAUGUGUGCUUUCUAUAUAAUAAUAAAC